CAAAAACCCGAAGAUCCCACUGCCAACUGAACUAAACCUGCAAGAAAAAUAGUCACGAACCAAAACCAAGGCCAUGGCUUCUCUUGCAACUUUAGCUGCUGUUCAACCUACGACCAUCAAGGGCCUCGGUGGCAGCUCCCUUAGUGGAACCAAGCUCUUUGUCAAGCCACCUUGCCAGAGUUUCAAACCCAAAAACUACAGGGUUCGUACAGUGGUAGCAAAGUAUGGUGAUAAGAGUGUGUACUUUGAUUUGGAGGAUUUGGGCAACACAACUGGGCAAUGGGACUUGUAUGGAUCUGAUGCACCUUCACCGUACAACUCUCUCCAGAGCAAGUUCUUUGAGACAGCUGCAGCUCCAUUCACCAAGUGAGGAUUGUUGCUCAAGUUCCUGAUCUUGGGAGGUGGUUCCCUCCUUGUUUACCUCAGUGCCACCACUUCCGAUGAUCUUCUACCAAUUAAGAAGGGUCCGCGACUUCCACCAAAGCCAGGGCCGCGAGGCAAAGAUCUAAUUUAGUGGAACUCUUGAGCUUUUCAUUGUAUGUAUAUCUUCUUUUAGUUUUGAAACAUGUAAUCCUAAAAAAUGACCUUUUUUAUCAAUCCAAAGAUAAUUGUUUCAUGCUUAAUUGGUGCAUUGCUUUCAGUUUUAAAUCUGUGGUCAUUGAUAAUGAGCCUUUCAUUUCUGAUUACAUAUAAGUUUUGCCAUUCAAGAAUUAAUAAUAUGUCCAUUGCCACUGUUAAGAAAAUCCAACUUUUUCUGGUACGAAGGCUGCUCAGCGUUGCUUUCAUCUACCCUUUGCUUUUCUUCAGCAGGGGAGUUAUAUAAUUAACAAAAAGCCUUAUUCUCACCAACAUAUGCAUGGUUUGUUGGUAAAAUACUGGACUAUUAGUUCCGGUGAUCAUGGUUCAAAUCCUGAUAACUUCAAAUAUAAAAUAAAAAAAAA